AUGGAAUCAGAGACUGUCAAGUUUGGAGGUCAAAGAGAGUUGGGUGGUGCAUUAGAUCUUAUAACUCAAUACAAGUUGUUGCCACACCAUGAAUUCUUUUGCAAGAGAUCACUUCCAGAGUCACUUUCAGAUGCUCAUUAUCUUCACAAUGUGGUGGGAGACACAGAGAUUAGAAAGGGAGAAGGAAUGCAAUUGGAUCAGCUUCUUCCUCCAAAUGCAUCAUCGCAUAUCCGAGAUACAAGUGCUCGCAUCCAACCUUUUGUUUUAGAUGAACUUAAAGAAGCUUUCGAGCUAAAUGAUACAGCUCCUGUUGAAUUGCCUCCAGCAGAGAAGGGAGCUCCUACCGUUGCGUCAAAAUCAAAAAAAUUUACAUGGUACCUUUUGUCACUUAACUUUCAGAAAAGAAAAAACAAUGGGGAUGAAGAUCUUGAUGACAUUCAGAGGCAUAAAAAAAGCAAGCAUAAGAGCUCAAAGCUUGAUGAGAUGGGCGUAAUGAAGGUUGCUGGCUGA